AUGUUUCGAAAAUCUUUCAACGUUAAAAAUAAUACAAAUUUGCGAAACUCAGACGUGAGAAAAUUAUUCCAACGCCUGGGGGAAGAAGUUCCCGAUGGACUUCCAACUUUGGACAAAAAGGCGCAGAUUGCAAAAGUAAAAAUAGUGGACUUUCUCGAUGAUACAAUGAACGUGUAUCUAUUCGACAAAGUGCCAAUGCUUUUCGAGUUUUCUGAAACUGGUGUAGUGUAUCCGACAGUAUUCUACAUGUGGCAAUUUCCAAAAGCGUAUCCAGUGCUUUUAGUCCAUGAGCCAGUUCUACAAUACUUAGAAAAUGGAGCUGAUUUGAUGCUACCAGGAGUGAUUAAAAGCGAUUUAUACACAUUUCCGGCUAUUAGAAAAGGUGGUCCGGUUGCAAUUGCUCUGUUUUCUUCAUCAGAAAGUAGAAUCAUCGGUCCAAUAGCGGUUGGAUGCAGUUUGAUGUCUUCUGAUGAAAUGUUUAGCUGUGGCUUCCAAGGGAAAGGGGUCCAAGUGUUGCAUGUGUUUAGGGACUUUUUAUGGGAAUUCGGUCCAAGAGGUCAGCCAAAUUCAAUAAGUCUUGAGGAAUUUAAUGAGGAAGGAAAAAAGAAAGAAGAAAUAGAAAACGGGGAGGAAAAAGAAGUAGCUGAUAAUUCCAAUUCUAAUCCUCUAGAAGAAACUCAAAGCGAUGAGGAAAAAAUUGAGGAAGUGGUUGAACCUAUGGAAAACUUGCUUCGUCGAUGCUUCUUUGCUGGUUUAAAGCACCGUCUGAAAAAGUCUGGAAAUCUUCCUAUCGAAAUUAACAACGAAACUGGUGAUGAUAUUGUGACACUGCAGAAAAAGAAAAAAGGAGAAGAGUAUAUUACAACGGUUAAGUGGGAUCAUGAGUUUCUAAGGAAUUUUGAGCUGACGGAUGAGAAAAUUGUCGAUGAAGCUCCUCCAAUUGCACCCGGCGAUAAAUUUGAUGCCCCCGUUGUGCUUGAAUAUUGUGCCGUUACUGAGCCAGUUCUUCCAGUUUUUCAAAAAGUAGCAAAAACUUCUAAAGGAGAUUUGCUAACGACAUCACAAAUUCGCGAAAUUCUCACAAAUUAUGUUAAAUCGAAUGAGCUCAACCAGGGCAAAAUAAUCAAAAUGGACCCAUUAUUAGCGGAUGUAAGCCGGAUAAAAACUGAAACUUCUGAUUGGAAUACACUAAUUCAAAAUGUUCAGUCCAAAAUGACAAAAACGUGGGUAAUUCGAUGGUCGGAUGGUCGAGAAUUUGUGAGAAAGGUUCACUCUCCGAAAAUAGAAUUUAAAGUAGAGACGCGAUCUGGAAACAAAAAAGUAACAAUUAUCAAUAACUUGAGUGUAUUUGGCAUCCAAAUUAAAACUAUUUCUCACCAAAUUAUGAGAGGAAUCGCUACCAGCGUCACAAGCAACCCUGAAGCUGUAAACUGUGAAGGUCCUCAAGUCAUAGUGCAAGGGAAUCAGAUUCAUUUCAUAUCGGAACUCUUAUUAAACAAAUAUGGUCUUGAUAAGAAAUAUAUUGUUGGAAUGGAUCUCGCGCCGAAAAAACGGCGAUAG